AUGGGCAUCUGGCUGGCCCUGGCACGUCCCACCUUCAUGGACACAGGCGACCUGGGUUGUCUGGGGUCACUGCACCUCCGUCCCCUGGGACUGGGCCUGCAGAAAGGUGGCUUGGCACUGAAGACGGCAGAAGAAACCAGAGCAGCCUGCCUCACCGACCCCACGACGGUGCGCUCAGGACCAGGGACUGAAGUACCGACCAGGAAGCAGAGCCAGUGGGGAGGAGCUGCUGGGGCACAGCCACUUGUUGAGAAUCUGCUGAGUGUCCGCAGCCCUGGGCUGGAAAUCGGCAAGGAUAUCUGCCCGGACUACCGCCUGUGCCUGGAGCGCGAGCUGCGGCGAGGCCGCGCCGGCGUGUGCGGGGACCCCUCGCUGCGCGCCGUGCUCUGGCAGAUCCUGGUGGAGGACUUCGACCUGCACGGCGCGCUGCAGGACGACGCGCUGGCGCUGCUCACCGACGGCCUGUGGGGCCGCGCCGACCUGGCGCCCGCGCUGCGCGGCCUGGCCCGCGCCUUUGAGCUGCUGGAGCUGGCCGCGGUGCACCUGUACCUGCUGCCCUGGAGGAAGGAGUUCGCCACCAUCAAGACCUUCUCGGGGGGCUACGUGCAUGUGCUGAAGGGUGCACUCUCAGAGGACCUCCUGCUCAAGAGCUUCCACAAGAUGGGCUACGUUCGCAGCGACCACCACCGCCUCACCGUGACGGCCCCGCCCCCAGCCUGCCAGCUGGUGCAGGCGGCCCUGGGCUGCUUCGCCCUGCGGCUGGAGUGUGAGUUUCUGGGUGAGGUGCUGGCCCGGCUGGGCACCAGCAUGCUGCCGGCCCAGGAGCUGCUGCAGGCUCGGCCACACAGGGCCCCCCUGGACCUGUACCGGGACCCACAGGAGGACGAGGGCUCAGAAGAGGCCAGUGUGUACGGGGGGCCAACGCCGGGCCCAGAUUCACCCCCAGUGGAGCUGGCAUAUAGGCCACCACUCUGGGAGCAGAGCGCCAAACUGUGGGGUGCUGGGGGCCAGGCCUGGGAGCCCCCAGCUGAGGAGCUGCCGCAGGCCAGCAGCCCACCCUAUGGGGCCUUGGAGGAGCUGGGCCCAGAGCCCUCCGCCUUCUCCUUCCUCUCACUGCGUGGAGAGCUGAGUCAUCCUGGGGACCUGGUUGCUCCUGAAGCCCCAGGGAGUCCUGGGGGGGCCAGUCCAAGACACCUCCGGGUCGAGGCAGUCCCCGAGUCCCCAGGCUAUCAGGCUCACAGCUGCCUGGCCCCCGGCACCCUGCCCGUCCUCUGCUGUGACACCUGCCGCCAGCUGCAUGCUGCCCACUGUGCUGCCCUGCCCACCUGCCGCCUGGGGCACUCGCUGCGUGCGUUACUGGGUGACACCCAGCGGCGCCUGUGGCUGCAGCGCACACAGGUGGACACCCUGCUGUAUGGCAGCCCUGGGGCCCGGUCCUAGUCCGGGGCUCCCGACCACAGCUCUCGGAGAUUCUGCGGUGCUCCAGGUCAGGGUGGGCCUAGACCCCCUAGGGCCUGGGCCACUGGGCGGCCUUCCCCUGGGGGAGCCCAGGCUCCACAUGAUGUCUGCGUUCCCUGGACAGCUGCCUGGGCUGGUGCAUGUGCCCGAGGGGAAGCAGGUUCAGCUGGGCUGGCGGGACCCCUCCGCCUGCCCAGCCACUGCCCAUGUCUGCUCUCCCUGGGGCCCAUCAGCCACCUGCAGAACUGCCCGCCCUGAGCUCAUGGCCCUCCUCUCAGCGUUAAGGAGACUCGCCACACAGGAGUGUCCCCCGAGUCUACAAGUAACACGGGCCCUGAGCUCUGGGCGGCCAGUCUGGGGCACAGGCAGGGGUUAGAGAGGAGACGCUCGAUCUGAAAGCAGCGUGAAGGUGCUGUGGAGUGCAGCAGCAGGAGGCUCCCACCCCGAUGAAGCUAGGGCAGGCCCUGGCCUUCCCGCCCUGCUGGGGCAGCCCACAGCUCUGCUGGGGCUGGUGCUAAAGAUGGGGUUGCCUCCAGUGCAGCCUCUCCCUCAGCUGCACAGGCUCCCAGGGCCCAUAGAGGGCCAGG